AUGGCGAGUCCAGGACAGCUCGACCCACCAGAGGAUACGCGCAAGCAAGAAGAUACUGGAGCCCAUCAGCUAGCAGACCAAUCCGACUCUGAGGACCACUUCACAGACGCCCAGUCAGCCGCCAGCGCCCAUGGCGGCUCGCCUGUGCCCACCACGAGAGUCGAGAGAGUCGAUGACGAGCCUGCACAUGGCGAGGUGCCGGGUACCGAAGCCAAUAAGAUGAGAGAGGCCGACGCCCAGCCUGAUGAGAUUGCGGUGAUACCCGAGGAUGACACCGAAUCACAAAGCACUGGGCACAAUGAAAAAUUGCCGGCGACAGUUGUCGAGGAGGCUCCUGGAUCGAUGGGCCCUCGAUCGCAAGAGUUCGUGGGUAAGAGACAAGCGGACGCCCCUCCUGACGUCGUGGUGAGCCCGAGUGCCGAGGAGAAGGGCGAGGUUGAUGGGCAAAGCAAUCCUGACGAGCCUAAUUCACCAUCGUUACGGGCACCUGACUCUGAAUCCACGCCCACAUGCCCGCCGAGGAGGAAAUCUUCAAGAUCGAUAAGGUCAACACUCGACGAAGCCAGUGAUUUUAGCGACGAUGCAGAAGAUGCGUUUGGUGACGAUUUCGAUGACUUCGAGGAGGGCGCUGGGGACGAUGACUUUGACGACUUUGACGACGAUUUCCAACAACCAGACCCCCAGCCACACCCAGUACCUGCGGCGCCUCAAAACUCGCUACCAUUUGCGAUACCGGAUUUCGAGGGCCUCAACGCCGACGAUAUAAUGAGCUCUACCGAAUCGUAUCUGGCGUAUCUCUUCCCCCCAGAGGAGCUCGACCUACCGGAAUUCCCCCCCUUGCCCAAGGAGUCAACUUCAUUCACCACACCCCGAUCCGCCUCGUUAUGGUCACAGCUCAUCGCGCCGCCACCACUUGCACCACCUGACUGGAUACGUUCCCGGACGCGUCGAUUGUUCCUGGUCUCACUCGGAGUUCCGGUCGACCUCGACGAGAUCCUUCCCGCCUCGAAGCAGAAGAAGCUUGUCUUGCCGUCAUUGAGUGUGCCCUCAGGGGCUUCACCGCGCACGUCCAGUGACUCCCGAUACACAAGGGAAACCAAGGAGGCGGAAAGGCCCACCUCCACCGCCUGA